AUGUUUUAUUCCAAGUCAGGUUCCAAGACAUUGGACAGCUGCUCCGUCGACAUUGUAAAGGGGUACACCAAAGCUUCGGUGAUUAUGUUUGUUCUGAUGGCGCUUUCAGAGCUGGACGUCAACAACGCAGAGGAUUGGGAGAAGUGCCGGCCUUUUGUGACAUUCCUGGACAAGGCUUUCUUGCUACCAACAUAUGUGAUGGUCGACCAGCCCAAGGAUGUUCAGAGCUACUUGAACUUGACCCUUUCCUUUAGGGGAUCUGAGCGGCAGCCACCCUCUGUCUUGUCCCUAGCUUUGACCUUCAGCUCCAUAAUGAAAUCCAAGAGUGAAGGUGGCCAGCACGAUCCAGCUCUUUCUACAGAGACCAGGUUGAAGUUGAUUGUAGAUGAGCUUCACAACACUCCGGGUUUUCUGAGUCGUUGGGCGCUGGACGAAUCCAAACAAAAGGCCGUUCUGAACCUACUGCAGGGAACCUCAGAGAAGACAAGGGCUUACAUCGCCCAACAUCUUGACUUUCACAAAUGGAAGGAGUGCAGCCUGACGGCCGACUUGCUGCGGUCAGCGAGGUGGUUGAUUGGAGCAGCGCCCAAGACAACCAAGGCUCAGCUCAAGUCAACAUUGACAGUGUCAGCAGAAGCCCAAGAGCGCUUCAUUCAGAACCACAUUGCCACAUUUUGUCACGCUACCCGACGUGUGAAACCAUCCGCUCGCUCGAAGCACAGACCGAGCCAGCAAGAGUGGGAUCGCCUGGUUGACUACAGCUGUGUCAUGCUCAAGGUCAAACAAGAGGUUGUGGAAGCUUUUGGGGCUGAUUCUGACCAGACUUCUUCAAUCCUCGAUGCGCUGGAUGAGGCUUUCAUGUCGAGGGACUAUUAUGAAGAGAUCCUGGCAUGCGUGGAGGUGGCUCUCCCGAAUUGGUCUGUCAAGCACCUCAGUUUGUGGACAGAGCUGGUCAACCCGGCCGUGAAGGAUGAGAUUGUGGAAGAUGUCUCUCAUUUGGAGGAGACGACCGUGGCCGCCCAAUACAUAGAGAUGAAAUCAAAGAUUGCGCUGGUGGAGCAGCAAAUGGAGAAAGUGUGCAAUGUGAGCCUUGUCCCAGACAUCGCGGCUAUCCCAAAUAUUGAAUCCUGGUUGAGACAAGCCGCUGUGGAACGAAAGGAAUGUUGCAGCACUUGGUUUUGUUCUGAUGGCUUUGGAAAAUUUUAUCAAGGCUCUGCCGGUGUGAUCCUCGCCCCGCUCUUGGUUGGCACGGCUGGCGGGGGAUCUUUGAGAAGGGACUACCGCGAGAUUGAAGACAAAGCAGCCAAGUGUGGCUUAGCUUUGAGAGACCUGCGCCUUUGUGUGGAUCUGAGCUCAGUUCAUGGGAACUCUGAUCGUCCACAAUACUACCAGGGAUGGCUCGCAAUCCCAGACAGUACUUUGCCCGUCAAGGGUGUUGGCUACAGAAGGAACAAGAAUGAUCUACAUGAUGGUGACACUCCUUCACUCACAGUGAACGACUUCGUGACCUCCGACUUGUGGCGUUUGCAGGGGUUCCCUCUUGACAACGUGCCGGCUGGGCUGGGCGAGAGUGAAUUUGCAGUUCCGAGCUUGAAAAGCCACCUCCAGUGCCACGACUCUCGUCGGAAUUUGACAGACAGUCAAGAGACGAGUCAAUGGCUAGCUGGUGAGAGCAUCAUGUCGAAGAUUGUCACCUGCGCUCUCGGCGAUCGAGCGAAGCGGGCUUGUGUCAUUCACUCCACUGCUUAUUGCGGGUCUUUGGAGAAGGCCUGUUGGAAGAUGCAAAUACCCACGUUGGGUGUCACCGACACGCCUGUCUACCACGCCCACACGAAAAUGGCGCUCGGAAAUAUGAUGCUUCAGGAAUGGAAAAGUUGCACUGGCGUGAUGGGCAAGUUGCACCCUCGCUUCAAGGCUCAACCUACAGAGGAUGCGCCAAUGACCAUUGAAGUGCCGUCCCUCCUGGUCUGCUCCAUUGAUGGUGAUGUGUUGGGCAUUCCUCCCACCAUUCGGAAUCAGUAUAUUGCGGACCCAAUCCGUGCUCCAGAGUGGAGGAAGUUCUUGACUGCCUUUGAUCAGAAGUGGUCUGGACCUGUUGAUGCUACUCGUGCUCCUGUUCCUACGGAACCUGAAGGAGAAAGCGCUCUUGUGGACCCAGAAGAUGGUGCAGAGGGGGCUGUCGUGAACAAUGCUUCGGCUUCUCCCUCUUAUGAUUGGAGCAAGGCGUUUGCGGGAGAGCCCAAGACCAAGGCUGAGUUUGAGGUGAAGUACACAUCGCUGCACAGCUUUGCCAUGAACAACAACCUCACGGGGCACAUUGUGGAAGGGCCCAAGCUCUUUGCUGUGGCAACGGGUGACACAGAAUGGACCAGGGAAGAACCUAUCGUUACCUUUGGGGCUGGAGUUUGGCUUCUCGAUGCAAAAGCACAGGCGUACCAGCAGGAACAUCCUUCCGAGGGCUACACCUUCAGUCUGGGCAGCGACCAAGACACUGUCGUUCUGGAGGCUGGAUUCCUUUGGGUUAUGCCUGCCGAGGUGUGCGCUGGCCAGGAUGAGCAAGACAGGUUUACCGUAUCGUUGAAGGAGGAUACAACCAUGCUUUGGCGUCCUUCCAACGUCCAAUUGAAGAAUGUCAAGCACAAAAAUGUUGCUUCAUACUUUGAGGCUCGGCAGGUGCUUGCAUCGGAGGCAGUGGACCAGGUGUGGCGGAUCCGAGCUUACGCGGAAGAGAAAACCAUAGGGGCUGCAAAGCCUUUAGUGCUACUCAAAGGAUCCUUGGCUUUGCCAGCAGGGCAGGCGCAGCGUCUUCUUUGA